UUGUUAAUUAAAUACGUACGUAACACCCUUGAACCAAGUCUUUUAACAAUAUUUGCGAGCAUUGAGUCACUUCGUGCCUCGUGGAGAAACCAGGACUUGUACAUUGAUCAUCUUGAAACUUUGAACAAACAGCUGGAAGGCAACCUGGAAAAAGCGAAAGAGGUAGAAGAAAGAAGCAAACAGCAGUAUGCAGAAUCACAACAUAGAGAGAAGGUACUUGUUAGAAGGCUUGCUGCAAAGGAACAGGAGAUUCAGGAUUAUGUAAGUCAAAUUAAUGAAUUAAAAUCAUCACAUGCAAGUCUUCAGGGACGACCAACUCUUUUAGAUCCAGCUGUGAAUGUCCUCAUUUUAAGGUUAAAACAAGAACUUACUUCAACUAAAGCAAGACUAGAAGAAACUCAGAACGAAUUGUCAGCAUGGAAGUUUACGCCUGACUCAAAUACAGGAAAGAAACUCAUGGCGAAAUGCAGACUUCUUCAUCAAGAAAAUGAAGACCUUGGCAGAAUGACAUCGAGUGGUAGAAUAGCUAAAUUAGAGGGCGAUUUGGCACUGCAGAAAAGUUUUAGUGAGGAAGUAAAGAAAUCGCAAUCAGAGUUGGACGAGUUCCUGCAAGAGUUGGACGAAGAUGUAGAAGGUAUGCAGAGUACAGUGUUAUUCCUUCAACGUGAAUUGCGUGCGACGCAUACUGCCGUGAAUGGUAAUCGGGCGUCGUCUCCUGCUGACAAACGGACUUAUUCAGGAAGUGAGUGUAGCGACACCCCUGUUGGAAAAAGGAGACGAGCCUCUGUCCUCUCUCUUGACUACAAUGAAGAAGAAGAGCCUUUAACAGUGACUAAUGGGGAUGCAGACUAG